AUGUCUUUACCAUCAGUCUCCAACGCGCCAGCCCUCUUCGUCGACGAUGACUGCAACUUCAAAGUCAUCCGCUCCGUCCCAAUCCCCGAGCUCGCCCCGGGUGAGGUCAUCGUCAAAGUCUCGUUCUCGGGCGUCAAUCCCGCCGACGUGAAACACGGCCUGCACCUCGGCGUUCGGAACACGGUGAUGGGCUACGACUUCAGCGGUCGCGUCGUGCGUGCGAACCCCGACUCCGCCUUCAAAGUCGGCGAGGUCGUAGCCGGCCACGUCCCGACGGGUGUCGGGAAGCCGUGGAAGCACGGCGCUCACCAGGAGUAUCUCUCCUGUCCCGAGGAGAUUGUGUUCAAAGUCCCAGACAACCUGCCGCGUGACCACGCCGCGUGCCUGACCACGGUUUUGACAACGGCUGCUGAUGGAUUGUACAACAUCUUUGGAUACCCUCUCCCCGGCGAACAACCCAGCAAAGGGUUCAAGCCCGGUCCGUUGCUGAUUUGGGGCGCGUCGACGAGCGUGGGGUUGUGCAUGCUCCAACUAGCACGGGCGAGCGGCGCGUUUCCCAUCUUCGUCACGGCAUCGCUGAGACGGCAUGAGCUGUUGGAGAAGCUCGGAGCGACGCGCUGUUUCGACUACGCUUCUCCCGACGUGGAGUCCCGGAUCCAGGCCUCCGUGGCCGAGGCUGAGGCGGGGCCCAUCGCGUACGCCGCCGAUUGUGCCGGAACGAUGGGGGAAGUUAGCUCUGCGGACCAGAUGUUGAAGUGUGUCGGCGCCGAUGCGAAGUUGCUAUCUGUGGUUGGUGGGAGGGAUCGGCGGUUCAAGAUGCCGUUGGCUUCGGCGCACGCUCCGGUCAAGUUGGCACUCGGUGGUCGUGUGAUUGAGUUCCCGGCGAGACCAGAGGACUUUGGGCGGAUGUGGAAGUCAGUCAUAUGGGCCGUUGAGAACUACGGCGAUGCGUUCUCAUUGCCGGUUGUUGAUGUCUUCAAGGGCGACGCGGAAAAGGCUCUCGAGGAGGUAAAGAAGGUUGCUGACCAGGGCAAGUUCGGGAAAUUGGUAUUGGAGCACCCGCUACAAUGA